UGAAAGCUGGAGAGAUUAAAAAAACAUCUGUAAAAACUGAAUCCAUACUCUGCAGAUACCUCAGCAUCUGACCACAAGCUUUUCUGGAUAUAAUAAACACAAUGAAACUACUUCACAGAGAGUAACAUAUUGCCUCUUCUUGCUUUACAUCAUGGUGAACUGUUAGGUCGCUAUGACUGAAGCCCACGUCACCAGCUGCUGGAUGUACUCCAUUUUGUCAGAGGUGUCAUCUUACACUCUAAUGUUACUAGCAACAGGUUGCUCACAAUGAGGGUUUGUGUUUUGAGUGACGCACGCACGCACGCACGCACGAACCUUGCCACUAUUUUCUUACUAUUGUCUUACUAUUGAAAAUAGUAAAAUAUGUCAUAUAUCUUACUUUCCCUAAGACCAAAUUUUCAGUUUUGUUUUACUAAUAGUUAAACAAAAUGUAUUCAAGUAUAUAUUUAAAUACAUGUGAUGAGGUGUUUUUUAAGCGCUUAAAAAUAAAUCAAAAAAAUUAAAAAUGAAUCAGUGAUCAAAAUAGUGGUAGUUCCUGUAGUUCCUGGAGGAAACCUGAUUUUGUUCCUCCAUUAUUAGGUCAAAAUAAUAAUCUCACAAUUAAUCAUUCAGUUAAAAAUAAAGCAAAAUGAAGUAUUGUGUGAUGUUAUUUAACAUACCAUAUUGUUUAUAGUGAAGAACUAAAGUGCAGUUUGGCAGACGACCACAGACCCAAAAUCCAACUGUCAUUAAUGUUCCUCAUAGUUUUAAGCUUAAUCAUCCUUCUCAAUGUUGUCCUGCAGGAAAAAUAACUCCGGGACAACAGUGGGUGUGUCAUGGUUCGUAGUAACACAGGAAAGACUGGAAAUAUAGAAACGGCUGCAGGUCGUGACCUUUAAUCUAUCAUCUUUAACAGUUUAAUGAACGGCCAGUAGCUAUUAGGCAUCUUGACCUUAAACUUAAAGGAUGUGAUGCUUUUUUGUUUUCAAGCUUGUGUCUCUCAUUUCCUGAUUUCUAACCUCUCACACAUACACAUAUGAAUCCACAACCAAUCACUUUCUUUCAUUUCAUCCUUCGCCGCUGACUCAGCUAUCUCCCAGACUUCAAGCCCCCAUCAGAUCAGAGAUUACAAAGCGCUGAGGCAGCAGAUGUUUACUCACCAGAGAUAAAACUGUCGGUAUCCCUCUGUUUACAGCAGCCGUCUGACUUCCCUUUCCACCAUUUUCCUCCCUGGUCAACCAAAAGGGACGGCCCCUUGCUGCCAAAUAAGGGAGUGAACAUGAGGAAGUGACUCGUGCUUGCCCUGUGCUGAUUGGAUGAGGGGAGUUCCUCGCAUGCACUGCAGCUCCAACCACAGGCUGCAGCACAGACACUGAAUGACAGGGCAUCCUCUCCAUUUGUGUUGCUUUAAAAAAAACUUUCAGUAUUUGUAUGUCUGAUUAUCACUGUAUGUGGAUUUAUUGAAUUCUUGAUCAGAAUUAAUAAAUACAGCAAGACAUGAUGACAUGAUAUGUGGAGGAUAAAUACACAUUUUCUCCUUCAUGUCAGUUGAGGCAUGUUCUCCCCCAGCUUCCUCUGGAUGUUCUCCACACUCUUGGUCAACUUUUCCCGAAUUCCGGCCUUAUCAUCUGUGGUAACAGCUCCGUAGGCCAUCACCAUGGCAAUACAAGGCACCCGGACCCGGUCUGAGGAACACCUCCAGGUUUCAGAUAGACCCUGUCAUCAGAACUGAGAAAUCAACAGCAACAUCAGAGGACGGCCAGUAAAAAUGCAGAAGAUGUUAACUGAGGUGAUCGUCCUGCUGGGAGUCAUUGGUUUGAGUCACGGUGCCAUUCAGAGACUUGAUUACGACGACACUCCCAACCCGGAGUUCCUCAACCCGUCCUGGAUGGCCAGUAUCCCUGAUGAUCAGCCGCUGUCUGAGGUCACCAUGCCUGGGACCCACAACACCAUGGCCCUGUACGGCGGUGUGUAUGCCGAAUGCCAGACCUGGAGCCUGGCCUCUCAGCUCCAGGCGGGUGUCCGCUUCCUGGACGUCCGUGUGCGCCAUGUCAAGGGGAACCUCACCAUCCAUCACGGGGUGUCCUAUCAGCGGGCCCACUUUGGCCAUGUGCUGGAGGGUGUAGCGGACUUCCUGCAAGAGUAUCCCAGUGAGACUGUGCUGAUGCGUAUAAAGGAGGAGUUAAGCGAGACGUAUGACAUCUACGGUGCUGUGGUAGACUACAUCCACCGCUACGCCCACUGGGACCUGCUGUGGCACAGCCGACUCGUGCCAACCAUGGGAGAGGCCCGAGGGAAACUCGUCAUCCUGCAAGACUUUUCUGGCCCCGACUUGGGGAUGCGCUAUGGAUCCCUCGACAUAGCAGAUGACUGGAAGGUUCCCACAAUUAUGCACGUGGAGGAGAAAUGGCAGAGCAUCUAUGAACACCUGGAGGCUGCGCCUGAAGGAAACAAGGCCCAGAUCUUUCUCACCUUCAGCAGUGGUGCUGGUGUGUUUGCGUACCCCAGAGCCGUCGCUCAGCGCAUCAACGCACAACUGUACGGCUACCUGAGGGCCAAGAAUGACCUGAACCAGCGCCUUGGGAUCAUAUGCAUGGACUUCCCCGCUGCUCCCAUUAUUCAAAUGAUCAUUGACUUCCAGUUUGAAGAGGCUACAAAGAGGAGACAGGCCUUUAAUCCAGCUCUUAGCAAGGGAAGUUUGAAAUAUGCAAUGUCCUCAUUGAGAAAGAAGAUGGACAAACAUUUUAGUAUUAAUAUUUGAACCAAUCAGGCAAUUAAGCAUUGUGCAGGGAGCAGUUGACUUAUGAAUGACUGUACAAUCGAUGAGGUAUCACUUCCGACAACAAACGCAAUAGUAAGUUUAACCUUCCUACUCAAAAACAUGAUUUAAAUUAUACUUUAGAAAAGAAUCUGUCAUUGUGUCAUUCACCAAAGAUAUUGAAAACAAAAUAAUAAACUGCUGAGGAACCUGAAAAAGUGUUAUGUUUACUCUUUUAGCAAUUCUUGUUCAUCACUCGUCAGGGCAUUUGGUAGCUGCAUUAAAGCCAAUAUAAGACAAAUAGAUUCAAGCUGGAAGAAAAAGGCCAGGCCAACACCUGAUUCAGAAGUUUGUUGACUUUGCGGAGGUCACCGUCUCUUCGAAUGGCUAGAACCAGUUGUGUUUGAGCCGGGAUGGAUGUAAGCCGUUAUUGGGUGGUAGAACUGCUGCUCAGGCGCUUGUUGGCACUUACAUCCUAUUCUGGUUCAUUGGUAUCCGUCUGUCUGAUGAGACAAGGGGAACAAGUGUGUCAACACAAACCCACGUUAACUGUCGUGCUGCUGUUUCACUAUGAUUUGCUCAAAUUGAGCCACAUUUCUAACUGGAACAGAAAGGUGAUUUCACCUUCAUGUUUUUGUAUGCAGAAGUAAGGUUUGCUACUGCAUAUGUGACUCCUGAGGGAGCUGUGCAUAAUCUAACAGAUGACCUUAUGUGAUGUCACUUGAGUUGGUAGUCUGUCCUGUGCUGCAUUACAUUAAUCAAGCCCUCAUGCUGAACCACGCAAUCCCAUUGAGAUGUAGAGAUUAUGUUUAACAAACAAAAUUUCAAAUAAGACUGGUUUGCCAGAGAAAUAUAAGGGUACCAUAUGGUUUGUGACAUAAAAAAACACUACAGAUUAUGUAAUAAUGAACUUUAUUUGUAUAUACUUAUGUAUAUACUUGUAUAUAUAUAAGCGCUUGUAUCAUAUUGCGUGCAUCAGAUAACAGUAUCACAUUUUACCAUUAUUUCCUCUUAGUUAGAUGCACAAGGCUUUUGCGAAACAGUUGUUGAAAUGCUUUGGCUUGAAACAGUAUUUCAUAACAUCCUGCCAAGUGUCUCGUCUAAUGCCAACUUGUUCAUUGUUCAAUUGGAUACUGGAAGAAAAAGACUUCAAAGUGUGUCAGCUCACAGCAGUAGAUAUGAACCUGUCUCCACAAGAAGAAGUCAUGCCUCAAAGUGCUGUGGCGAUUUCAACAAUAGUUGUGGGGAAUGUUAUUUGGUGGAUGGUUAUGAUUGCAGCCAUUGGAUUGGGGGCCACACAUCUGAGCCGUUGUCCAGUACAGCCAAACGUCCCCAUCUUCCUGAUAGUGUUGGGAGCGGCCAGCCUCCUCUCUUUAUCCCUGACAUACACUAGAAGCACAUGGAAAGUUGGUGCUGUCUCCCUAAUAAGUUCAGCAUGCACUGCCUUCCUGUACUUCUUCAGUCUCUGCUGGUUCAUUGCAGGCACCAUCUGGGUUUAUUCAGUAUAUCCCCCCAGCUACACACCAGGAGAAGCUCGCUACUGCCACAAGACAACCUUCCAGUUUGCGUUUACUGUCACCACCCUCACAUGGGUCUUGCUGACUCUUGUAUUUGUCUGUGGCAGUUGCUUUGCUGUACUGACCUGUUGUAAGACUGUGAGGGCAAGGCGCUAUUUGAUACCUCGCCGUAAUACUGACUAUGGUGGGACAAGUGAUUUUGAAAAACCCAUUGCUGGAGAUGUCUGAUUAAAAUCCAAAUAUUAACAGUUAUUUUACUGAUCUUGCUCCUGCUCCUCCUGCAGUUUAUGGUUCAUUUUAUUUCUUCUGGUAGUUAUAAACUAGUUAUAAAAAUUGUAGCUACAGGUACUUAAACAACAGCUUCCAAAAAAAGAUGAUGAAAGAUCACAUGUUUCCUGCUGAAACCUACAUUGAACAGUAAACCUUUGAAACGGUAGAAGAUAAAAUGGUAGAUAAUUUAGUGGCAACUAAUUUUGAUCCAAUAUUAAGAUAAAACAUAAAUGGAUAUUAGGAGGCUAUUGUGUGUUUUUAUGUUGUAAACUUGUAUGUUGUUGUUUUUUUUAAAUGAAUUAUUAAGAACUCAAGGAUUCUUUGGUUAUUCUGUGAUGAACAUAGUUUGGCCGGAGGUAAGGGUUUGAAUAAAGAAAUGCUGGUUUGA